AACGAUGUCACGUGUACUAGUCAUUUAAUAUUUUAUCCAUUGUUCUUUAUCAAUAAUGAAUUGGAAAUACUUUUUUUGUUUACUAUAAUGUCUAUUAAGCACAGGAACUAUAAGCAAGAGUAGAUUUUGUUAAAAGCUCUGGGAAUCAGCGCGGUCAGUCUACAAGUUAACUUCAAACCGUUCACUCCAACAGAACAGAGUUCUCCAUACAGCGUAAUCUUGAUCUUCUUGCGUCUCAUUCUCUCCUGAUACAUUAUAUACUAAAUAAAAUAUUUAAAACUAAACAAAUAAUGUUUCUUAAUAAAAAUAAUAACAACAAACUACUUACGAAACUAUUUAAUAACACGGUUGUUAAAAAAAAAAAUAAUUCAAAUUCAAAUAAUAACAAUAUAAUAAGUGACAAGUAUUUAAAUACAAAACCCAUUCCCGAGUGUCCGAGACCGGGAAUAUUUGAAUCAAUAAAAUCACUGGUUAAUUAUGACAAAGCAAUGAAAUUACAUGAAAUUGUUGAUAAGAAACAUCGAGAACUAGGUCCUAUUUAUAAAGAUCAUAUUGGCCCGGUAACUGCGUUUUUUUUAAAUUCACCAGAAGAUUACAGGAAAGUUUUUAAAAACGAAGGACCGAUGCCCAUGCACUUCCUUCCUGAAGCCUGGCUUAUUUAUAAUAAUCUUAGAAAAUGUUCACGUGGUUUAAUUUUCAUGAAUGGAGAAGAAUGGCUGAGUUUUCGAAGAAUAAUAAAUAAAUUACUAUUGCAACCGUACGAUGCUAAAGAAAUAGUGAUGAAUUCCUGUCAAGAUGCUGCUGUAACAUUAACUGAAGAGUGUAAAAAAUUAAAGAACGGAUGCGUUAUACCUGAGUUAGAAACUCGUUUAUAUAAAUGGUCUAUUGAGGUUAUGAUGGCAAGUUUACUGGGAUCUGCUUGGAAUGAAUACAGAGAUACUAUCGCUGAUGGAGAGUCUGAUAAACUAGCCAAGAAUCUUCACAAGAUAUUUGUACUCAGUGCAAGACUAUCGUUACUGCCAGUAAAAUAUGUAGUUAAAUUUAAUUUACCUGUUUGGAGAAGAUUUGUCCAAGUUGUCGAUGAAGCACUGGAACUUGUUGGCACUUUGGUGCCAAAGAUGAUAAAGUUCCAGGGAGAUGGUCUGCUUUCCUUGAUGAUCAAUGAAGGAAUGUCUGAGCAAGAUGUCACCAGAAUAGUCGCUGAUCUUAUUUUAGCUGCUGGUGAUACUACUGCAUUUUCAACUCAAUGGGCAUUAUUUUUAUUGGGGAGUAAUGAGGAUGUUCAAAAUAAAUUUGCUGAGAUUUCUAGUAAUUUAGAAUUAGAAGAAACUAUUAAAAGUCCUUACAUUAAAGGAAUCAUCAAAGAAUCACUGAGAUUGUAUCCAACAGCUCCAUUUUUAACGAGAAUUUUACCAGAUGAUUGUUUGAUUGCUGGUCAUCUGGUUCCACGUGGUGAAUUAAUAAUUAUGUCCUUGUACUCGAGCAGUAGGGAUCCUAAUAAUUUUUCUAGACCAAACGAAUUUUUACCGGAAAGAUGGAUCAGAAAUACGAAUGGUAGUUAUGACAAUGUAUUGAAUCCAUUUGCUACUAUUCCGUUUGCGUUGGGAGUAAGAAGUUGUAUUGGUAGAAAAAUUUCGGAAACUCAAAUGAUCAUGACUUUGAGUGAGCUCGUUAAAAAUUUUAAAAUAAAUUGUGUAAAUAAAGAAAAUAUAAAAUUGAAAUUGCACAUGAUAUCGGUGCCGUCUGAACCAGUUAAACUACAAUUAACUCAGAGGAUCAGAGUUUGAAAUUAAUAUGAUACUUAAGUUAACCGUCUAAUAAUUUUUUAAUUUUUUAAAAAACGAUAAAUUUGAAGAAAAAAAAUAUUUAAAAAAAUUGCACAUCUAGUUUUUUUGAUUUUCUACAUGUGCAUAUUUUUUUUUUUUUUAAAUUUAAUUUUUCUCUAUAUAAAUAAUAGAUUUAUGUAAAAAAUAUUUACUGGAUUAAAAAAAUUCAAAUAAAUUUUUCCGCACCGGGAACAGAACCCAGAGCUCUUGGAUCAAGACAAAGUUACGAAGCCUAUAAAUUUUUUAAUA